UUAGUGUCAUCCAAGUUACAAAAUAUCUGGUGGAAAAUCUGUAGAUAGUUUUGCGGAGUUUUCAGCGGUUGUAGGUGGAGUUUGGGGUGUCACUCGGGCCCACUGCCCCUGGUUAAGCGUACGAGGUGUGACAAGAUGCCGGUGUUUCACACAAAAACGAUCGAGAGCAUUUUGGAGCCUGUAGCGGUGCAGGUCUCCAAACUGGUGAUUCUCCAUGAAGAAGCUGAAGAUGGCAAUGCUAUGCCAGAUCUGGCUAUUCCUAUACAGGCUGUUAAAAGGGCAGUGGAUAACCUAGUCAGGGUUGGCUAUGACACAAUAAACAGCAGUAAGGAUAUGAUCCUGAGGCAGGACAUGCCACCGGCGCUUAACCGGGUAGAGGAGGCUUCAAUCUUACUGCUGCAGGCCUCUGAUAUGCUCCGAUCAGACCCCUAUUCCGGACCCGCCAGGAAAAAACUCAUUGAGGGAUCAAGAGGUAUUCUACAGGGCACCUCUGCAUUACUGCUGACCUUUGAUGAGUCAGAAGUCAGGAAAAUCAUCUGUGUGUGUAAAAACGUGCUGGAGUACCUGGCAAUCACAGAGGUGGUGGACACCAUGGAAGAUCUGGUCACUUAUGUCAAGAACUUGAGUCCAGUUUUAACUCAGAUGACAAAAGAAGUAGACUCAAGAGAGAAAGAGCUGACUCAUCAAGUUCAUCGUCACAUGUUGGUCCGCUCUCGUGACCAGGUGAAAACUCUAACACCUGUCCUCAUCAGUGGCAUGAAGGUAUUCAUCACCUCUCGGCAAACAGGACAUGGAGUGGUCGAGGCCCAGAUCAAUCGUGACUAUGUGGUGCAUAAGGUCUGUGAUGAGAUCCUUGAGAUCAUCCGUGUCCUGCAGCUGACGACUUACGAUGAAGAGGAGUGGGACGCUGAUGAUCUUACAGUCAUGAAAAAGGCACAGAGUGCCAUUGAAGGAAAGAUGCAGAUGGCCCAGAACUGGUUGGCGGAUCCUAACGCUCUAGUGGGAAGUUCAGGAGAAAAAGCUCUUCGCCAAAUCCUAGAGGAUGCUCGCCGGAUUGCAGAAAGGUGCACCAACCCAAAGGAUAGAGAAUCGAUUCUGAAAACUGUGGGAGACCUAGAGUCUAUGGCGAAUGCAUUAUCUGAACUCCGACAGCAAGGGAAGGGUAACAGUCCUCAGGCUUUGUCAUUGGCUCGUGAAAUUCAGGGACCUCUUCGUGAGCUACAGAACAAAACAAUGAAUGGCAUAAUGAACACAGAGCGUAGCGGCAUCAGACGGCCUGCACCAACAGUACAGGGCAAAGUGGAGCAAGCCCUUAAGUGGCUGGCUAAUCCAGGGCUGGAUGACAAGGGGCUAGGAGAGGAGGCCACCCGGAUGGUGGUAGCUGAGGGGCGCAGGCUGGCACAGACAUGCAGUGGUCCUCAGAGAGCAGACCUACUCCGUAACUGUGAUGAAGUUGAAAUAUUGACCAAUCAACUGUCGGAUCUCAUUAGGAAGGGUCAGGGUAACUCGCCACAAGCCCGAGCUAUUGCCCAGAACCUCUCUCAAAAGUUACAGGGGCUGAAGAAGAAAAUCAGGGAUGUUCUCAUUGAUCAGGUGGAGGAAGAUUUCAUUGAUGUGUCCACUCCUUUGAAGCAGAUGAGUGAAGCUGCCAUGGCGCCAUUAGGAGCUCCGAAUCGUGAGGGUAAUUUCCAGGAGAAGGCACGUAACUUCCAGGCCCAUGCUGGUAAGCUAGCGGACACCUCUCACAUGGUGGCUACGUCGGGAGGCUGCAGGAAUAAGAAAACAGUAGAGGCCAUCUUCAACUCUACCAAACAGGUGAAUGACCUGACUCCCCAGGUAGUAAAUGCUGCUAAGAUUGUUCUGAUGAACCCUAACAAUCAGGCCACCAUGGAGCACUUUGAGCUGCUGAAAAAGCAGUGGAUGGACAACAUAGAGAGGCUUAGGGGUCUGGUGGACGAGGCCACGGACACUGCUGCCUUCAUCAAGGCUGCUGAGGAAGGCAUCUUACGGGACACUGAGCGUGUUGAAGAUGGCAUCCGCACAAACAACUCCCCAAAGAUCGUUACCAAUGCUUCUAGUAUUGCCAGACGGGCAAACCGUGUUCUGCAAGUGGCUCAGCAAGAGGCUGAGAACAGCGAAGACCCAUCGUUUGUGCAGAGAGUCAACCAGGCAUCUGACGGAUUGAAGUCAUCCAUCGCCCCAAUGGUGACCCAUGCCAAGACCAUGUCUAUGAAUCCACGUGAUCAGCUGGCCGUAGGAAACUGGAGGAAAGCUAACAAUGCUUUGGUUUCCAGUGUGGGUGAUGUGAGGAAGGCAGUGAUGGUGUACCCCAAUGACUAUGACUUAGAGCAGGCUCUGAUUCCCCCACCCCUGGACAUGUCACAGCUUCAUAUCUCAGUCCCUGAUCACUGUGAGGAGUCUGACGGCUACAACGGACACCAGGAAGACAUGAUGCAGCAGCAGAAACAGCCACCUUUGCGGAGUACGGCCCCUCCCCCUCCAGUCCCCCCACCCCCAGUGCCUAUCCACCCCUCGGAGUACGCCAGUUACUAUGGUGCUCCUCCCAGACCCCCUCCUCCCCAUGAGAUGGCCCCACCCCGCCCACCACCUCCAGAAACAGAUGAUGAGGAUGAGAUGGCCUUUCCCAUCCCUCAGGCAAAUCAACCCAUCAUGAUGGCUGCUCAUGCUUUACACAUGGAGGCCAAACAGUGGUCAAGUAAAGACAAUGAGAUAAUUGCUGCAGCCAAGAGAAUGGCACUUCUUAUGGCUAAACUCAGUCAGCUUGUCAGGGGUGAAGGUGGCUCCAAGAAGGACCUGAUUGCCACAGCCAAGGCUAUAGCUCAGGCCUCGGAGGAGGUGACCCGUCUGGCCAAGAAGCUUGCAGCUGACUGUACGGACAAGAGAAUGAGGACGAAUCUGUUACAAGUCUGUGAAAGAAUCCCCACCAUUGGGACACAGCUGAAGAUCUUAUCUACCGUCAAAGCUACAAUGUUGGGAGCACAAGAACCUAUUCCAAGUCCAGAUGGGAGUGAAAUAGCUUGUGGUUCUGAGGAAGAUCAGGAAGCUACAGAGAUGCUUGUUGGCAAUGCACAGAACCUCAUGCAGUCUGUCAAGGAGACAGUGCGGGCAGCGGAGGCAGCAUCCAUCAAGAUUCGCGUGGAGACCGGCUACCAGAUGAGAUGGGUGCGACGCAGGCCCUGGUACACAUAAAAACUGAAACUGGACAGAAAAGCGGAAAAGAAUAUCCAAAGAAUUAAUGGUGCUGUCAAAAUGCAAAGAAAACAUAACAUAAAUAUUAGGUUCUUCAGUAUACAUCAUUAUCAUGCAAAAGUAUAGAUUUUUGUCUCUUGAUGCAUGUGUAGGCUUCCUUGUGGACUCCCAAAGGAUGUUGAAAAAGUUUGUUGAUGCCAACUUACAUUUAACAAGAAUUCUAUCAUAUUAAAAUGAAUCAGUGUGUGUGACUCUGCUUUGUGCCUGCAGAUGUACACUAGCUAUGGAUUUUUUCUCAAUGUUUGAAAAUACAUGAAUUUUGGUCCCAUUCAUCUAGUUUCAUGCACGUUUCAUUCAGAACAAGCGGUGUAAUAUUAUCACAGGUUUGAGUUUCUCAGACUUUUCUCCUCUCUCUGCUUGCCCCUCUCUGUGACAGUUAAGGACAAUAAUACUGCCACCCUCCAUGCAUACACAUUUCACAUUAUCAUCCUUAGUGAACGCUGAGUGUGCGUUAGACACUGAACUAAAUGCUUGUACUCUGUUCUGUUGGGAGACAGUAACAUGGUAGACACCCAAGGACGAAAAAUGAUUAUGUAUGGCUAUUAUUGUUAAUAUGGCAAGAGAACAAACAAAACUCAUGAAUACAAAUUUCUUACAAUUAAAAGUAGUGUUUAUGUAAGUGCAUGUACUGUAUUUGGUAUGCAGCAAUGUUUGUAGGUCUGUGUAAGAAAUACUUACAAUACAUGCAUAUAGGGCAUUUGUAACAACCAUUGUGUGAUUUAUUUAUUUUCACUUAUACAACAGCGGCCUGCAUUAUGGUGGGUGGAAACCGGGCAGAGCCCGGGGGAAACCCACGACCAUCAGCAGGUUCAUCGUGUGAUAACUGCUUGUAUAUUUUCUGUACUUCCAACCAUGGCAUUUGUGAAUGUAUAGCGAAUUAAAGAAGUGAAGGUGUUAACCAGGGUAUUGAUUGCAGCCAUUUGGAAUGGAAUUCAAGUUGAAAACUGUUUUGUACAUGUUGAUAUCAGCUUAUGCGUGUUUUGCUGAAUCUUCAGUGUAAUAUUAGGGGGAUCCUCUUUAUAAAAACACACAUCUGUUGAAAACACACACAUUGUGUAAUGACUCCAGAUUGCUUUCCUUGUCACAUUUAAAUAUCUGAAAGACAAGGAUAAAACUGUUAACAGCACACUUAUGUUGGUCAGUAUUUUUGCACUACAGUUGAAGUGAAAUGUCAAGAUUAACACAGAGCACUUGCAAGACAAAAUUAGUCAUGUCCCUCACCAGAUAUUACUGUAUUCAAGCAUAUUUAUAACAAAUAAAAUCCGGAUUGAUUUUACUAUGUUUACAGUCAUUAUUGUUGAUAAACUUACAUUUGAAUGAUGGCAGUUUUCUUUGUGAGUUAGGUUUACUAGAAGUUUUUGUUUGGUAUUUUUGUUAACUUUUAUCUUCUUGAAAUAAGAUGGGUAAAAGUUUUUGUGUAUUAAUAACUUAAGUGUUUUUUUUUAGUGCGGACGUUCCAAAAUUGUUGGAUAUAUGGUAUAGGUAGAUAGUUUAUUUAAAUAUUUAAGUGGUACUUGAUAGCAUAGCCAUUAUGAUAGAGCUUCUACAGGCUGCUGAAAUAACCUGUACAUGUUAUGGGUGAUGGCAUCAUAUUGUAAUUUGCGGUACAUCUGUCUUUGCCCAUUGUCUUUAAGAGAGGAAAAUGAUUUGUGAGGAGAAGAAGAAAAAAUGUUGUUCAGCUUGUGAGAAUAAUCCUUUUCAAAUUGUUGUAAGUGUUGAAUAUUAAUGGUGCAUGUAAGAUGAAGAUGAAACUAUUAAGUCCCUGUUAUGUUGCAAAAUUAAAAAUUAAAUUUCGAUGACGUACAUUUUAAUCUUAAUUCUUUCUUCAAAGUUUAGGAAGAGCUUGCGCCUAGAAAAAUGGCAAGUGUAUUCUGCAAGUGGUGAUAGUCGACAUGUUAACAUAGUCUAGCUGAGACUAACGCCUCUGAUUUCCAGAAAUCAAAUCGCGAUGUCUUCACUAAUAAUGUCAGAAAAUUUUUCUCAUGUAUCUGUACUUGAAUCAUAUAGGAAGAUAUUUUCCAAUUUUCAAAAUGAAAUGAUUUGUGUAAGCUUUUCUUCAUACCUCUGUCUGUUACGUUGUUGUAACGCUCUAUUAAGAGGACAUUUGUGAUCAAUUACAUGUACUUUGUAGAAAAUGUGGCUUAGAAAGAAAUGUUUGUGGCAUUCUUAGUUCUUUACUUUGCUGUCACUUCGUUUUUUUUUUUGUGUGCUUUUUUUUUUAAAAUUACUCCUUGUGUUUUGGUAAAUUACAUUUCAUUUUACCUCCAUGUGAAAGCAAAUUCUUAAGAGUAUAUUACAACUAACAAUAAACAGCAGGGGAUUAUAGGGGAGGAGUAAUGAGGACAAGAGUCUGCUUUCCUAUAGGAUAAUGUACAGGCUGUUGAGACAAAUAUAGCAUGUGACACACCUUGGCUAAUCCUCACCUUUUCAAGUCCGGUCAAACUGACUUUCUGUAGCAUGUAUAUGUACGUAUGUAAAGCCACUCAGUGUUCAUACCAGUGUGGAAUGUUGUUUGGUUCAGUGUUAUCAAACCAUGCUCUGUUUAAAACCAAGUUGUGAAUUAUUUUGUCACUUGGUUAUUUGUGCAAGAUACUGUGAUGGUUUAUGUUCUAUAUAUAUUACCAUGUUAUUUAUUGCUGCAGAAUCGAGUUUAUAAAAAAAAAAAUAUGUGAAAUUUUAUGCUUAUUGGCAUUUAUAUGGGAAAGGAAAGUGCCACUUACUUUCCAAAUAAACAAAGCCAAGAAGUGGCUCUCAUUCCCAUUUUCCAAACAUGUUUGCAAUAUUUCUAUCUAAAUAUUGAAAGACAAUUUAAAACUUAACAAAUUCUUUACGGUAAAAUGUAAUGGUGUCAAAAGGGAUGGCAGAUGAACUCUUAAAACAAUUCAUUUGGCUAGCUGCAUUUAGGUGAAGCUUGUUUCUGGUCGAAUCUUUCCUAAAUGGCCUCAUAGUUAGCAACAUUAUUAUUUUAGCAUAGCUACCAAAUUUUUUCUAAGAGUUUUCGUUCUGUUGUUGCGUUAACUAUAUGUACAGAGCAAUGAAGAACAUUUUUGGUAGACAGUUUUGGCAAAUAAUGCAAUUCAGACAUCAUUUGGUUAGCUUUUGGUUCAACUAUUUGUACACAGCUGCUGUUGUAUCCUUUGGUUGUGAUUGGAAAGUGAUUGUGAGUGAUUAAUCAGUUUAUCUGUGUUCUAUAAAUAGUGGUAAUUAGAGGUGAACAUUUCGAAUAUGAAUAUUUUGGUGUAUUUUGUACACAUAGAACAUGUUUUUGCAUAGUGGCUUAAUGCCAUUCUUGUUUAUUUACUAUUUUACAGUGUUGUAGUUCUGCCAUUGCUUUGGUUUACAAGCCUAUGUUCUAGGAAAGUUUAUAACAUGUAUAUAUAUAUACAUAUAGCUUAUUACUUUUUUCUUUGUUACAUGAUGUCAGUGUUAUUUUUAGUUUGUGCAUACCUGUCAGUAAUUGUGCAAGGGCGUUCAGUACCUUCUUUAUGUUGUGUAGUAUAUUUGCUAACAUAUUUUUGAAGACAAAAUAAACAUUUCAUACAAAAUUA